AGAGAAUAAAAAAGCAAGAAAUGGAAAAAAGAAGAAACAAAAAGAAGAGAAAAGAAACGAACCAAAACGAAAAAAAGAAAGGGAAAAAGAACAAAGAAAGAAAAAAAGGAACGAUAAAAGAAUGAAAGAAGACGAAGAAAAUAAAGAAACGAAAGAAAGAACGAAGGAUAAAAAGAAAAAACAAGAUGAAGAAAAAGAAGAAUAA